UCAACUCUACACUCUUGACUCACGCAUUCUUUCUCUCAAGCUUAUUAUGGCACCAAAAAUGGCACUAAAGAAGGGUGAUGAAAUCAUUGGGAAGAGAAAAAUAGUGAACAAAGGAGCAUGGACUGCUGAAGAAGAUACAAAGUUGUCUGACUAUAUUCAAAAAUAUGGUGCUAAGCAAUGGAAAACUGUGGCCCUCAAAGCUGGAGUGAAUCGAUGUGGGAAGAGUUGUAGACUGAGAUGGUUGAAUUACCUAAGACCAAACAUUAAAAGGGGAAAUAUUUCUGAUGAAGAGGAGGACUUAAUACUUAGGCUUCACAAACUUCUUGGCAAUAGGUGGUCAUUGAUUGCAGGAAGACUCCCAGGAAGAACAGAUAAUGAGAUAAAAAAUUACUGGAAUUCUCAUUUGAGCAAAAAAGUAAAUCACAAGGAGAGGAAGUCAGAAUUUCCAGCAACUCCUGCUGGUACAACGCCACCAAGUGAGGAGAUGAGAGAAGAAAAUUUGGAAAAUGAAGACACUGAAAUUAACAUUGACAUGAAUGAUUUGUUUCAUUUCUCUGCUGAAGGAACUUAUGGUUUGGAUUGGAUUGACAAAUUUCUUCAAAUAGAUGAACAAGGAGCAUAGUUAUUAGUUU